AUGGGGCGGAGGUUGAGGGAUGGAGGACGCGCGCCGGGGAGGGAGGACGCACGCGCCGCCGGCCACCUCCGCGUGUCCGCCCCGCGCUCCAGCGAGAAGCGCCGCAUCAUCCAUCGCCCCCCGGGCUUCGUCGGCAGCUGCAGAGGGAAGCGCCCCACGCGGGGGCGCCCGUACGGACGCAGCACGCACGCAUCACGUCGUCCGAACCUCGCCCCAUCCAACAAAGGGACAGGUCACAGGCGCCGCCCGUCUGCUCUGCUCUUCGGCAAGCAUCUACACCCUUCGACCGUCGCCGGCGUACUGGCCAGCGUCUUCCUCGGCGCGACCCCGGCCGCGGCCGCCGUCGUCUGGGGCGGCGACCUGGGCAUGGCCGGGUUCUUCGGGUACGGCCUCGGCGUGGAGGCGCGCUACAGGCAGCUCCUGGCCAUCAGAAGGGCGGAGCCUCGUACGGCGAAGGACGCCUCCGGGUUGCUGGACGGACGAGCGGGACAAGGAGGACGCCUGCUCAGCUCACAUCGACGCCGCCGCCAGUCGCUGCCUCGCUUGCGUUGUGCCACGGCCGUCGAGGCGGCCGAGGUGCACCUGUUGAAGCUGAGAAAUGCAUAGAGGAUCGUAAGCUAGCUACCUGCGAUGGGGCCAGCCCGUGACGCCGCCGCUCUCCUCGCCCUCUGCUGCUGCCUCGGACUCGCGCUGCCGAGCCUGCAGCGCCACGCCGCGGCGCAGCAGCUGCAGGCGGACAGCCUACGUGACCUGCGACGGGGCCAGCCCGUGACGCCGCCGCUCUCCUCGCCGACGGCCGCCGCCAACGCGUUCCGGCACCCAUCCGUCGUCUGCAUCUCCACUUCCGCUUCCGCAUCGGACUCCACCUCAGCUCGUGUCCUGAUGGACCGGAUUUGGAAGGACAUUGAAGUUCUAAUCCAAAUCCAAAGCGUACUCCCGGUGGCGGGGAUUGGGGGACGAGGUCGGGAUGGAGCUGUGUGUGUGAUGAAUCGAAGUUUGGGGGCUUGGAGACGCUGAAUCGAACCGGCGACCGAGCAUCUAUUGCAAAGUAACAAUGGUGGAGCUUCCCGGACUUCAGCUUGUGGGAGAGGGUCGAGGGAACGCAGAGGCGGAGUUCGGCGCGUGCAGAGCAACAGCAGGCGGUGCUUGCUGGGCAGCGAUGGCGGCUGCGGUUGCACGACGCGGCGCUGGUCACGCCAGUAGCUAGACCGAGGGAGGCGGCGGUUGGAGCAGAGAUGAAGCACGGGAGCGCGGUCGACCGGCGCUCCCGGCUGGCUGGCCGGCGACGCGCAGCUCGGAGCGGUUGCGGCUGGCGGCAACAGCGGUUGGGGGCGCUGGGGCUGGACCGCGGCAGCGCUGUUCUGUAGCUUGGCCUUGCCGGCGAGAAGCAGUGGCCGGCCGCGGUGCUGCUCGAUGAUUGCGCGGCGAGCGAUGCUACGGCGAACGGGGCUCCUCGGCAGCCGCGCGCUGGGGUCCCUCGACGGCAGCGCGGAGGUGCGGCGACGACCGACGAGCUCCCACGGCGGCGUGGAGGUGCGCCAGGCGUGGCGCGGACGAGCAUGCCUGCCGACGGAAGGAAGGGAAAAAGUUGCUUUUGAUGACAUAGGGGACCCACCGUGCAGUUGAUAUAAGUGGGAGAUUUAGAUAGGCUGUUGGUUUUUCACCUUUUGAAAAGCAAGCUAAAUGAGUAG